AUGCCCGGACAGGCGUGCAACAGUUUGCUCAGCGAUCCUGCCACACAGCUUCUACUGCGGCAUGCAGCAGCAGGACACACCCAAUACCAGUUGGCGAUUGUGGAUGGGGCAUUUCCGGAAUGCGCGCUGGGCAUUGUGCAUCGCUUAAAUGUAACGGCAUUCAUCUACAUCAAUACGGUGGCCUUCUACACCGGAAGCGUCUCGUUGGCCGGCAAUCCGGAUGCGUGUGCUGUCACGCCUCACGUCUUUGCCUCAUGGAAGCUACCCAUGCACUACUUGCAGCGUGUGGCAAAUUGUUUAACUCAUGUUAUUGCCGAUUUGCUGCACUGGCGUGUGCAUCGCCUGCUGCUCCAGCAUCUGGGCCUGGAUGUGCCACAUCCCUAUGUGUUGGCUAGGGAGGUGUCCUUCAUUUUACAACAUGGAUACCCCAGUAUUCGCUAUCCCAGCCCCCUUUUGCCCAAUGUGGCUGAGGUGGCCUGCUGGCACUGCCGCUGUUCCGCUGUCAAUCUCGGCCAGCUGGAUGCCGAGCUGGCUUGA